AUGGCGCCUGAUCAUAGUUCUGGGCGCACGUUGAUAUGGAUCAUCGCGUGUAUUUUGUUCAUAUGUGUCCUCGUUGGAGGAGGGUGCCUUCUAGAAUACGUGGUUCUUCCUGAGUCAGAAGUUCCAUCUUGGAUGCCCAUUCUAGGGUUCACGUUGGUUUCUCUACCAUGGGCUUUUUGGUUACUCACCUUCCUGUACCAAAUUUUCUCACGGUGUUGUGGGUGUAGAAUUGGUUUUGACGUUGAAAGAGAGGGAUCAAAAGGUGUUGGUGGUGGUGGUGCAGUUGCUCAUGGGGAUGCAGGUGUUGAAGCAAAUGUUAAUGGCAUAGAUAGGAAUCUAUCUGUUGCUUCACAUGAGAGUCAAAUGCCAUUGGCAAAAUCAAUGGCCUCUUGA